AAAUUUUCUUAUUUAUACGAAAUAGCGCCUGAUUUUCAAAAACGUACAAGAUUGACGGUUAAAAAUAUUCGGUCUAUCCCAGAAGAAUCAGCUACCCACGUGGGUAUGGAUGUAAUGACAACAAAGUCAUUAAUGGGUCAGUACUUCGUUGAAUUUGCUAACAACUCAACUAUUCAUGGAUUGAAUCAUCUGGUAGCACGUCACAGACAUCCGUUAGAAAAGUUCCUUGUAGCCAUAUUCAUAUUAGCUGCUCUUGCGAGUUUAAUUUUUGUUUCCAUAAUUUCUUGGUACCGAUACGAGUAUGAUGCUAUUUCAUUACAUUGGAAUCAUGAGUACAAACUCUUCAGACUUGUUAAACCUUCGUUAAUUAUAUGCCCGCUAAAUGUAAUCCAGGAAUCGAGUUUUCCUGAAACUUUUAAACGUUAUGGCAUCGAAGACACACCAAAUGCACGAGCGUUCUUCCAUUUCUUAUCUAAUGCUACCUACGAAACUAUGAUUGACGCACCUGAUUACAAUGAUGCACCGCCAGGACUAUGGCUUAGGAUUCUGUCAGAUUUGAAGAAGGAAUUCUUUUAUAAAACAACUUUUACUGACAAAGGAAUAUGGAUCGCUACAGAAAAUGGUAUAUGUGUUUCUAUAGGAAACUUAGUUCUUCAAUAUGCCAGUUUGCAAGACUUGAUAUCUAACAAUUGGACUGUAGUACCUUUGCCUAAAUAUCCUCCGGAUCCUCAAGAUUUUGAAGUGCAUAAUAAAGACAUGAAUGAUUCUGAUUAUAUACCAUCGUAUACUUACAAUGAAGAUCAUGGAAAAAUAGAAUUGGUGAAAACUGAUGCUGAACUUAGCAUACUUGAUCCAAUGGAUUCGUACAACUAUGGAAAAGCUAAACAUCAUUUACAAAUUCUUGAAAUACAAAACGUUGUUGUUCGAAUUCUGCAAGCAGAUAGUAUGAAAAGUGUAUACAAACUUCCAAUACAUAGAAGAAAAUGCGGAUUCCCUUCGGACAAUGGAUUGGAAUUGUGGCCAAUAUAUACAUACCAAAUGUGUAUGACCGAAUGUAGAUCUCGUAUAAUUAGAACAAAAUGCGGCUGUUAUCCUCACUAUUUAAGGCGUAUACGUAAAGAUUUUUAUAUAUUUUCUUCUUAUAAGUAUCUAUUUGUUUUCUUAGCUGAUGUUCCCAUCUGUAAUGCUGCACAGUUACGUUGUAUCGGAAGAAUACGAUUGGAAUUACUUAAUGUUAAAACAACUUCUUGUAAUUGCCUGAUCAAUUGCAACAAAGUCUCCUAUUUAUUGGAGGAAGCUAAAUUAACAAGAUUCAAAGAAAUAUCUCCCAUGAAUACCACAAGCUUCAAAAUGACGAUCAGUUUUUCGAAAAACAAACUUAAACGUAAGGAAUGGUACACUUUUGGAGAUUUUCUAGCAUCUAUUGGUGGAGCUGCUGGUUUAUUCCUCGGAUGCAGUGUUUUAUCCUUCGUUGAAAUAUUAUAUUAUGGGACUUUACAUUUGUACAUUUAUAUGCGAUACCAUAAACCAAACAAAAUGUAA